AUGUCCAGAAUCCAGGCCCAGUUAGACCAAGGCGCCGUCCCCAAUGCCAUUUCCAAUGUCUGUCCACCAGGCACGAAAUUCCAUGUCCUCGAAGUUGGUUGGCUGGAAUGCGACAAAGGCUUCGUAAUCAGGGGCGGCAACACUAGCAUCAAGUCCACAGAAAACGGCUCCUUCGUCAACGAGCGUUGUGAAAUGCCCAUGUACUGCAUUUUAAUCGAUCACCCGCACGAGGGUCUGAUCCUCUGGGAAACCGGCAGCGGAAAGGAUUACCCUACAGUGUGGGGUCCGGCUAUUGCUGAUAUCUUUGCGCGGGUGAAGUACGAGCCUAGACAUGAGCUUCGGGCCGCUGUUGAGGCAACGGGCCAUAAGCUUGAUGAUAUCAAGAAGAUUAUUAUUGGACAUUUGCACCUGGACCAUGCCGGUGGUCUAGAUGAGUUUUUGCAUCGCACGGAUGUCGAGGUCUGGGUGCAUGAGAAAGAAUUGACCAAUGCGUUUUGGUCUGUUGCUACGGGGGCGGAUGUUGGAGUUUAUUUGGAACACUAUCUCAAGUUGUCUUUGAACUGGAAAACGUUCAAUGAUCAGACACUGGACUUUUGUCAGGGCAUCACGCUGCAUCAUUUGCCGGGACAUACGGAUGGUCUCAUUGGCAUGCAGAUUAACAUGCUCAACACGGGCACGUUCUUUUUCAUUAGUGAUCAUUGUCAUGUGAUUGAGAAUUGGCGGGAUGGGAUCCCCCAGGGCUGGUUGGCUCGAGACCACCCAUCGUGGUUCAGGAGUACGCAGCGUCUCAAGCAUCUCGAACGGAUUACUAAGGGACAGGUUAUUCCUGGGCAUGAUAAACAAACUUUCUUAGCACUGCAGAGCCAGGCUGAUGUUUUCACCUGA